CAUCCAUUUGACUCUUACGCGUUCGUACAGUCGCUCAAGUCGGCUUCCUUCAAACAGGCACCGGCUGAAGCUGUGAUGGAAGCCGUGCGGUCUCUAGUCGUAGAACGAGGUGAUCAGGCAGCGAGCAGGAUGUUAAGUCAAGAGGACAGGGAGAAUCAAUCAUACCUCUUCAGAGCGGCUCUGGCGGAGCUACGGACAGAGCUCAGUGUCAGGGCAAGGAACGACAGUCUUGCGCUCAAAGCUGCGUCUGGAGCGAUUCGACGAGAAGUCGAUCAAUUGGAGCAAAAGAUGAAGGAGGACGUGGAGACGCUAAGGCAUGAUAUCGAAUUAGACACAAAUAACCGCAAAGCAGAGACUCGAGCGGAGCUCAAAGGCUUCAACCUGGAUAUCGAGGAAAUCAACAACAAAUUUACCAUAUCCCUGGGUGACCUACGGACAGAGAUCGAAGCAGCUAAAUGGGAGCAGACCCGACGUGCUGUUGGU